AUGGUUCAAGCUACCGUCGUUCGCCGCUCUUUCUCCAAUAUCCUCAAGAAGAACGCCAAUGAUGUCGUGGUAAGUCCACCGUACAUGACCUUGUGACGCCGCUGCCGAAGCCGAGGAUCCCGAACGCUAGCCGCGGCUCACCUCGGCAACCGCUUCCCAUAGAUCGUCACCUCUCUACGAACGCCGAUCGCCAAGUUCCGUGGCGCUUACAAGGACAUGUACCCGGAAGAGUUACUCUCGCACGUCUUGAAGUCGACACGGGAGAAGCUCGAGACGCAAGGCGUCGAUGUCCAGUCCGGCCUCGUCGAGGACAUCCAUGUCGGCACGGUGUUGAUGGAGUUGGGGGGAGCCAAGUCGGGGAGGUUGGCUAGUCUGGAUGCUGGGUAAGCUUACGACUCGCUCGCCGUGAUCUUGGUGUUCAACGAAGCUGUUGAUUGCACCUCCGCUGACAAGCCGCGGCCCAUCGCCCCCACGACCGAAAGAUUCCCCAUCGUCUCUGGAUUCAAGGCCGUCAACCGACAGUGCGCUUCCUCGCUACAAUCUGUGACCGACAUCGCUCAAUCCAUCCAGAGUGGUAUGAUCGACAUGGGAGUCGCCGCUGGUGUGGAGCACAUGACGAGAGAUUACGGGGUGAGUCCUCCUUGGCUUCGGAGCCCCACUUUUGAUUCCGUAUUACUUAGUACCGCGCUUGGCCAGCUGACACCGUUUCUUUGCUCAUCGUGUUUCACACUCAAUCCAGACCCGAGCGAUCCCUGUCAACAUUUCUCCUUUCAUCAAAAAGAGCGAGUCCCAGGACGCUCAGGACUGUCUAAUGCCGAUGGGCAUGACCUCGGAAAAUGUCGCCGCCGAACACGGGUACUCGCGCCAGCAACAAGACGAGUGAGUCUUGCGCGCCUGCCCCCUCGCCUUCGAUGAAAAUGAGCAUAUCGUUCUGAUGUCUAAUCAUGUCUAUUUCUGUCGGACAGAUUCGCCUGCGCUUCGCACGCCAAGGCCAAGGCCGCCCAGGAUGCUGGCUACCUCGCCGAAGAAAUCGUGCCCAUCAAGGUUCGAUCGGUCACCCCGGCAGAGGGCGACAAGCCGGAGAGCACCGAGAUUAAGACGAUCUCGAAAGAUGAAGGCAUCCGACCUCAGACGACGAUGGAGUCGCUGGCCAAGUUGAAGCCCGCCUUCAAGGCCGAUGGAACCGGAACGGCGGGCAACUCGUCGCAGAUCUCGGAUGGUGCAAGUGCGUUGACUUUGGUGAGGAGGGACGUCGCGGAAAAGCUGGGCUUGAAGCCUCUGGCCAAGUGGGUCGGUUCGGCCGUUGUUGGUGUGCCGCCGAGGAUCAUGGGUGUCGGACCCGCGUACGCAGUGCCGAAGUUGUUUGAGAGGUUCGGCAUCUCCAAGGAUGAUGUUGACAUCUUCGAGCUGAACGAGGGUACGUUCCUGGGUUCCCACUGGCCCAAAAGAUGAAGUCCUGACUGUCUAUAUUUUUUCAUUCACAGCCUUCGCCUCGCAAUCUUUGAUGGUCAUUGAGACGCUCGGUUUGGACAUCAAGAAGGUGAACCCCAAGGGAGGAGCGAUUGCGCUCGGUCACCCUUUAGGGGCCACUGGAGGUCGUCUGUUAAGUUCGUUGAUCUACGAAUUAAAGAGGACGGACAAGAAGGUCGGUGUCGCGACUUUAUGCAUGGGUACGGGUGCAGGCAAGGCGACUUUGAUCGUCGCCGAGUAG